CUGGCGCGCCGGCAGCAACAACCUCAUUGGCUUGCACGGCGUCGUCUGCACAGCCCGCGCCGUCGCCAACGAGAGCAGACCGCUACGGCAUUCUUGAGUCACACGACGAGUACAAGAUCGCGCCUUCGCUUCGGGCCCUCGGUGUCACUAACCACAAGGGAUAAACAUCGUCUGCCUAACAAUGGAGAACGCUGACGGUUUUGUCGACAUGGCGGACAUCCUGGACGAACUUGAAGGACACGACUCGACCAAAAAGGUUACAAAGUCUCCUUUGAAAGAAGCGCCGAAGCCAGCGGCCGGCUCAUCCGCCAAAAGUACGCCGUCUCAGAACG